CAAGUCUUCGUUACACAAACACAAACAAAUUCAUCAGAAUGUCCUCCGUCGCCACCCGUAACGUCAAGUCCAUCGUCCCUCUCCUCGACCGCGUCCUCGUCCAGCGCGUCAAGGCCAGCGUCAAGACCGCCUCCGGUCUCUUCCUCCCCGAGAAGUCCUUGGAGAAGUUGUCUGAGGGUACCGUCAUCGCCGUCGGUAAGGGCGGUUUCGUCGACGGAAACAAGGUUGAGGUUUCCGUUCAGGCUGGUGACCGUGUUUUGUUGCCUCCUUUCGGUGGAUCUGCUAUCAAGGUUGGAGAGGAUGAGUACACUUUGUUCAGGAACCACGAGAUCUUGGCCAAGAUUGACGAGGCUGCCUAA